AUGGAAAGGGGCAUGAGGUGUUGGAACAGUACAUUAUGCAUUGAUACAUCAAAAUUAUGUAAUGGUAGAAUUGAUUGUCAGCCUUAUGGUGAUGACGAAGAAAUACUUUGUCCCUGGUUAGAGAAAUAUCCAGUAACGGUUUCGACAAAUGAAUAUACACUAUAUACAUGCAAAAAUGGUAAAUUGUUUGGUCGGCGUUGCCAGAUGCAAGCAAAUUUACCUGAUUUUAUAUUUGAAGAGCUUCAUUGUAAAGAUUUAGAAGAUUUAAUGCUCUGUGAUCUUAAUGACAAAAGUACAACAAAAUAUUUUACAACAUCAGAUUUUAUAGAAUAUCCACUAAUAAUUAAUUCGUAUAAUCCGAAAGCUGCUAUUGAACACAACACAAAUAAUAAUAAAAACAAUUCAACAACUUUAAUAAUAAAUUCAUUAUUGGAUAUAGCUAAUUUAACAUGGUAUUGUAAUCGCGGUAUAAUAGUUUUAACGCACCCACUAGCGUCACCAUCAUCAUCAAAUCGUUUGUGUCUUUGUCCUCCAUCUUAUUAUGGCGAUCGUUGUCAAUAUCAAUCAGAUCGUUUAAAUGUAUUUUUAAGUAUUUAUAAGCCAACAGCGUUUGAGGGUAGUCUUGUUUUUAAAAUACUGAUAUUUUUACUGGAUGAUCAAAAUAGAAUUCAAUCAUCAGAAGAGCUUGUUUAUAUGAAUACGAAAUUUCCAAUAUUUAGCUGUCAACCACAAUAUUCUAUUUAUUUACUUUAUCCAACACAACCAAGAAGAAUAAAUAUCACUUAUUACGUACGCAUUGAUGUUUUUGGUAUAAAUAUAAUUGAUAAUAAGAUACAAUACAGAUCAUCAUGGAAUUUUGAUAUACCAUUUCAAAAGUUUUUACCUGUCUAUCGUAUUGUAAUUGAAAUCACCAUACCAGAACAAGUGACACGGGCUACUGUGUCAUGUUCGGAUUAUAAUCUUACUUGUAUACAUGGAUAUUGUGUUCAAUAUGUGAAUACUCUAAAAACAUUUUGUCAUUGUCAUGAAGGUUAUUCCGGUAUAUCAUGUGAUGUGAAAGAUGAUUGUAGUCACUGUUUAAAAGGAUCAUUAUGUAUUGGUCGUGUAUGUCAAUUAGGUUAUAUAGGUGAACGAUGUUAUAUUCCAUAUGAGUUAUGCCAGAAAGAUAGUUGCUAUAAUGGUGGUACAUGCAUUGCAUUAGAUCGACGAACAAAAGUCUAUACAUGUUUAUGUUUAGAUCAAUAUUAUGGUAAUCGUUGUGAAAAUAAAUCAGCAAUAUUAUAUGUUUCAUUUGCUUCUAAUAAUCAACUAUCUAUUCUAGAUGUUAUACUUAUUCAUUCUUUUGUCACAUCACCAUCAAUGAUGAAUUAUCGUCGGACAACAAUAAAACGAAUUCCUCUCUAUCAAUAUAAAAGAACAAUUGUUUAUUACACGCAACAAUAUUUACCACAUUUAAUUUUUGUUCAAGUGUUUGAAUUAUCAUCGUUGAAAAAGAAUGAACUCGAAUAUUAUCUGCUAGCAGUAACAGAACACAAUCGUGAUUUAACUGAACUUUCCACAACAAUUGUUUCUUUAAAUCGUUGUAUUAAUAUAACGAGAUUACUUAAUAGAACAAUUAUGAAAUUCACACGUUAUAAACGUGUUAAAUUCUAUCAAAACCUUGUAGAGAAAAUAAUGAAUUACGAUGUUUUUAUGAUGAACAAUGGAUGUGUCUUUGUAACCGAGAACAUUAUGCUGAUUGUUUUGCGUUUGAUCAUAGUACUACAGGUUGUAGAGAUAUUGAUUACUUGUGUCAAAAUGGUGGUUAUUGUGUACAAGAUGAAGAUUUGUGUGCGCGAAAUUCAACUUGUAUUUGCGCGAAUUGUUAUUACGGAUCACAUUGUCAGUUUGUAUCCAGUGGGUAU